AAGCUUCAAGAACGGCCUUGACUUCAAGCUCGUAAAGCUGCAUGUCAUGGGAGUGUAAUUUAUACCCAUUUAUUGGUAUUUUUAUCAUUGCUUUGUUAUUUUGAAUUCAGUGCGACAAACAAGCAAAUACUUCAAGCUGCUGCAAUUGAAUUGUGCUCCUGGUGGACGGAAGGUUGCUCCAGGAUGUUACCUCAAUUGCUCAAGGCGGGUGCAGCUCUUGCUGCCACCACUGCUGCAGUAACACUUGGGAAAGGAUAUAUUGGGACUCUCCAAUCUGAAGAUGCAUCGUCAACCACAUCUGCUGAUCAAGAAGCAUCUUGGCCUGGUGACCUGGAUCAUACAAAAUUAGAGAAAAUAAAGGAUGCUGCCCGGGAGCUGGUCUUGAGAAAGAAGGAGGAGUGUGGAGCGCCGGGCGUGACAAUCGCUGUCUCAAAAAAUGGACGUCCGGUCUGGGCCGAGGGUUUCGGGUACGCUGAUGUGGAGAAUUUUACUCCGAUGACUCCGCGGCACGUGCUGAGAAUCGCCAGUAUCAGCAAACCGAUCACGAUGGCACUGGUGGCACGUGCUAUGGACGCCGGUCUUCUGGACGCGAACCACACCGUGCACCACUACCUGCCUCACUACCCGCGCCACAGCGUCGACGGCGAGCAGGUGGACAUGACCAUAGACCAGAUUGCGACGCACCAAGCGGGUAUCAGACAUUAUCAUAAGAAGCCAGAUGCUCAUAUUAUGAAGCAAAAUUCUGAAAACUCGAAGAAGAAGAAACUUGCACAUGAGGUGUUGGAACAUGAGAGUAAACGUCGCUCGAACUCGGGAGAUGAUAAGGAGUCGGCCGGACGUGCCGAUUUCGCAGACACCGACAGCGAAAAGCCAGAUUCAGGGGAAAAGAAGAUUCAGUCUGAAAAGAAGCAAACAAAGCCAGUGCCGGCCAAAGAAUUUCACACCACCGACAAGUAUGACAACGUUGGAGAAGCCCUGAGUGUCUUUAAGGAUGACGAGCUCAUCCACAAGCCAGGCUCUGACUUCCACUACUCGACGCACGGAUACACACUUAUCAGCGCUGUGCUGGAGGCAGCCACUGGGGCCCGCUUCAGAGACCAGCUGCGCCGCAUGUUCUACGCCAUGGAUCUACGCUCCACGUAUGUGGAUGAGAAUGACACCAUCAUCCGGAAUCGGUCCAGGUAUUACGUGCGUGGCAAAGCUGGCAAGCUGCAGAACGCGCAGCACGUCGACAACACGUGGAAGAUCGCCGGCGGCGGCCUGCUGUCGACUCCGACGGACCUAUGUCGGUUUGCCGACAUUAUGCUGUACAGCUGGCAGGCGGACGAAGGUGCGCAGCCGGCCGGCUACCUGCGCCCGGCCACGGCGCGCUGGCUAUGGACGCCGGCGCCGCCACCACCGCCGCCUACCGGCCGCCGCCGCCGCCCCUGGACACCCAACAGGUUCGCGCGCGGCUGGCACGUGGGUCGCGAGCAGCCGGAGCUGGGCGCCGGCCCGGGCGCCGCUAUGGUGGCCUAUCACACGGGCGGCGCGGCCGGCUGCAGCUCCAUACUGCUGGUGCGGCCCGACGGUCAGCGGACCGGGAACGACGGACGGCCGCGCGGCGUGGCGGUGGCCGUCAUUGCCAACGCGCAGGACAUCAGUCUGAGAGAGGUGGCUGACGACGUGGCGCGGCUGUUCGCCGAAUGAGAGCGCCGCAGCUGUGCGUCCUUCGAUCACCCACCGUCGCUCCGCCCUGACUAAUCACCUUCCGUUCACCAGCGAACCACCCGCUCGCCCGGCCAUCUACCACUGUCCCUCCGCUCUGGCUGUCCACCUGCCCAUCCGGCCUGCCGUCAACCUACCGGCCGAGCCUACGUACCCAGUCCACCCAUCCACCUACCCACCGACGGGCCGAGCCUACUCAGUACUCACUUAUCCACCGACCGACCGGCCUCCGCCAGUCCUUACUCUCAGACUAUCCGGCUGUCUACCCAUCGUCCACCCGCCCACCGUCUUUCCGCCCUGAAUGACCGACGCCCGUCCGUUGGCCGCCGACUGACCCGGCCCCGUCCGUCGCCCGUCCGUUGGCCGCCUCCCGCCGACUGGCCACCGUCUUCCCGCCCGAUCCCGUCCGUCGCCCCUCUCGGCCCGCCCGGUCUCGUCAUUCGCCCGCCGCCUGGUCCGCCCGGACCGCGAGACCCUAUCAACCCUCUCACCCGGCAUUGGGUCUAAACGACUGACACAGUUCCUGGUACCGGGUCUAAACGACUGACACAGUGACACAGUUCCUGGUACCUACCGAGUCUAAACGACGGGCACAGUCCCCACAGUCCCCAUCGUCCGCCAGCCACCAGCGCGGUUCAACUUAGCAGCGGAUCACUUGGAUUGCCACCAAUCUACUCCGAGGAUUCAUUUUAGUAGUGUUUAUCGCUCAUGACUUAGCGUGAUGUCCCAAUGUCGUGAUGUCCGUUGUGGUAGCCGUUUGUCAUGGUAAGGCUAGCUUUAGACAGGUCACUUUGAAGUUGAUAAGCUGUAGGUUAACUUGGAUUGAAUGGAAGAUACCUACAUAUCGACACCUUUUUUUAAACCCCACAUCUGCUCUCCCGUGAAUAUCCGGGAGGCACGAAAGAUCUCCUUUUAAAAGUGUCCAAUCGUCCGAUCCUGAUCAAAUGUGUGUGUUCGUAGG